AUGAAGUCCGCGGUCUUCGCUCUCAGCGCCCUUGUGGCGGGUGUCGCUGCCCAGAACUCCCUCACCCCGUGCCUUCAAGGUUGCUCCAAUAGGAUGAGGAGCGCCGUCAAGGCCCAGGAACUUAGCUGCACCAAGGACGACUUGAAGUGCCUCUGCUCCAAGCCCGGGUUCAUGUACGGCUACCGCGACUGCGCUGCCCAGGCCUGCACCCAGGACGACGGCAAGCAGCUCAUCGACAUGGCCGUGAAGAGUUGCCGCGAUGCCGGUGUUGUCAUUGCCCCUGGCGGUAGCGGCGGUAGCGGCGGUGCCUCUUCGACCGGUGGCGAAUCCAGUCCCAGCGGCGGACAGGCUACGGUCCAGACCAUCUACAGCACCAUGAUGUCUGAUGGCACCGUCUUGAGCACCCCCAUUGCCACGCAAACCGUGGGUGACGAUGGUGAUGGCGGCGGUGACAGUAACUCCGCUGGCGGCCCCGGCGGCGCCGGAGGUGCCAUCGUGACCACCAUCACCUCCAACGGCUCUGAGAUCGUCAGCACCAUCACCGCGAUGUCGCCUGGUGGCUCUUCUGGGUCUGGUGGCGCCCCCGCUACCAACACGGCCAGCUCGGCCUCUACCACCCAGAGUGACAACACCUCUCCCACCACCGGCAGCCCUAGCAGCGGCAACGGCGGAAGCGGUGCUUCUCCGACUGGCAGCAGCGCCAGCUCCUCUUCGAGCGCUGGUUUCGCCGCUCCCCAGGUGACAGCUGCACCUGCCGCCGGCCUCUUUGCCGUCGCCGGUAUUGCCGCCCUCUUGAUCUAG